AUGCCGUCUAUCAGAGCUGCCUUCCAAGACAUGCACCUCAUCGUCCCCAUCUUCGUCUCGCCUGUUCGGCAACUUCCUCGCUCCAUCACGCCUCUCAUCAAGGCAACUCCAUACAUGUCUAUUGGUGGUUUGUUUUUCGCAUUUGUAGCCUUUGUGUCCCCAGUGUUUCGUCUACCACUCUCACUCCCAAACCGUCAUACGUUGCGCCCAACUGGAUUCGUGUCGUCCAUUCCCGUCAUUCCUCCAUCCACGGUUGGUCUUAAGCGCCCGCCCCAAUCCAUCCUCCUCAAACUCCUGCUUCACCUUCAGGCGCCCGUCUACCGACGCUCUCGAACCGCCCUUCGCUCUCCUCAUUGGCCUUGGGUUUACAUCACCAAACACUCCUUGCUCAUUGCACCAAUCCCUCAACUCGUCUUCAUUCGACUCAUACCCAUCUUCAACUUCGCUUCGCCAGUCUCACCUUUCCGCCGCCCUCUCCGCGCAAAUCAUGCUCUUGCCUGA